AUGGUACUUUCCCCUCUAGUGCAACACCUCUUAGGACCAACAUCUAAAGAGAUCUUACUUGCUUCAAAUUCUAGAGCAACCAUGCCCAAGAAUCCCAAGCAGACAGACUUCGAGCUAGUGCGGAUCAGGAAUACUUGGUGCCGGAUCAAGAAAGGGGAAACCAUUCAUGAUUCUGAGAAUGAGACAACUGUCUCACAGGCUAAAAUAGCUGAACAUAUAUCAGAUGGUGAGAUAUCCUGGACAAUUGAAGCACCUAUCUUCUUCUGCUAUAAAGUGGUGGAAACACUCAAUCUCCUGGAUCCCUCCAAUAAGACACUGCUUUAUGGGCACAUCACAGAUCAGAAAGAAUUGGAAAGAGCCCUUAACAGUGAAAGAGCACAGAGGCGUUUCAUUGUAAUGGAUAUGAGUGUAGAUGAGCUUUAUGGCCCAAUAGUCAAGAAGUAUUUUGAAGCCAACUAUGUUCACUAUAAAAUCCUUUCCCUGUCCACCACAGAAGAAACCAAGUCCAUAGAUACAGUGCUACACAUCUUGGAAGAAGUGCAAAACUUCAGCAUUGACAGACGCACUGAGCCUAUAAUAGCUAUUGGAGGAGGAGCAUGCCUAGAUAUUGUUGGACUGGCAGCAUCACUUUAUAGGAGACGCACACCAUACAUCCGUGUCCCAACCACCCUCCUGUCAUAUGUUGAUGCCAGUGUGGGAGCAAAAAAUGGUGUCAAUUUCCUGCAGUGCAAAAAUAAGCUUGGAAGCUAUGUCCCACCUGUGGCCACUUUUCUUGACAGGACCUUCAUCAAAACAGUCCCACGUCAGCAUAUCGCAAAUGGGCUUGGAGAAAUCUUAAAGAUGGCACUGAUGAAACACAGAGGCCUUUUCAAUUUGCUGAAAAGCCAUGGGAAAUUCUUACUAGAUACUAAAUUCCAAUCACACAAUGGAUUAGCUGAUCAUGGUGAUGCUGCACUGAAGACAACUAGAAUUGCCAUAGAAACUAUGCUGGAAGAGCUUGCCCCAAAUCUUUGGGAAGAUGAUCUUAACAGAUUGGUUGAUUUUGGCCACCUGAUAAGCCCAGAACUUGAAAUGAGAGUUUUGCCAUCAUUGAUGCAUGGAGAAGCUGUGAAUAUUGACAUGGCUUACAUGACUUACCUGUCCUAUGUGAAAGGAUUGCUAAGUGACAAAGAGAAGGAUCAUAUUAUUCAGUGUAUGACUACUUUGGAGCUCCCAGUAUGGCAUGAAGAAUGCACAUGGAAUCUGAUCAAAAAGGCCUUGAUGGAAAGGAUGAAACACAGUGCUGGCCAGAUGAGAAUGCCUCUUCCAACUGGACUAGGAACAGCAGGUACGCUUGCAUUAUGCAUCUCUGUUUUGUGGCCUAGGAAGAAACAGAGUCACCUAAAGGCUCAGAGUAUAUAG